AUUCCGGAUCUGAAUGAGCUGAUUUUUAUUUACACUGGGAUAAUUGAAAAGAAUAGUAACAAAACAAAAUUAAAAUCCAAAUACAAGUAAUACCUCAAGGUAUUUUUUUUUUCCAUAUAUGGUUUAUUGGCCAGACCGCACGGCCAUUUCAGUAUCUUUCUUAACAAAGGAGAAUGGUGGCCUGGGAGCGCGUGUUUACUUCGCGCACUGGGUACUGCUAAUCUUCACAACCAUCCUUCAGAAGAGGAAUUGUUAUGUGAUUUUGCAAAUAAGGAAACAAACAGAGAGGUUAAUUUUCACAAGUCCAUGCAACUACACGUGAUGGGAGCAGAUCUACACCUAGAAACUCAGGGGAAAGAGGCAUGGAUAGGAGCAGUUGGCUGCCAGAGGGAAGCUGUCAGGUGUUCAGGAGGUCCUUCUGUCGUCUGUCUGCCUACAGAUUGAUUUGGUUCUUUGCAGCAGUGAUGCCAUGCAGGGCGCAAGUGGUGGCCCAAAAUGAAAAAAGGCCACUGAACACACCUGCUUCCUUAAGAUGCUCUCUGCAAAAUUCUGAGGAAGUCUUGAUUGUGACAUGGCAGAAAAUCAAGCCUGUUAGCCCAGAAAACAUGGUCACCUUCAGCAAGAACCAUGGGGUUGUGGUCCAGCCCGCCUAUAAGGACAAGAUAAACAUCACCGAGCUGGAACUCAAGAACUCAACCAUCACGUUCUGGAAUACAACCCUGGAGGAUGAAGGGUGUUACAAGUGCCUCUUCAAUACUUUUGGUUCUGGGAAGAUCUCAGGAAUAGCCUGCCUCACCCUCUCUGUACAGCCCACAGUGUUCCUUCACUAUAAAUUCUUCGAAGACCACCUGAAUAUCACUUGCUCUGCCAAUGCCCGCCCAGCCCCUGUGAUCUCCUGGAAGGUGUCUGGGUCAGGGAUUGACAACAGUACUGAGGUUCUCUCCCACCCCAAUGGGACCACAUCUGUCACGAGCGUCCUCCAGGUCAAAGACCCCAAGAGUCAGGUGGGGAAGGAAGUGGUCUGCCAGGUACUUCACCUGGGGAAUGUGACCAGCAUCACGCAAACUGUGGAUAAAGGCUUUUGGUUUUCAGUUCCGCUCUUGUUAAGCAUUGUUUCCUUGGUAAUUCUCCUGGUUUUAAUCUCUAUCUUAUUAUACUGGAAACGUCAUCGGAACCAAGACUGAGAGCCAUAGAGGAAUCACACAGAACCCUGAAAAGUUAUGCCCUGGUCUACUUGAAUCUGACUCAGGAGGAAGGCAGGAGGAAAAGGAUGGUUCUCUGAGGGACAGAAAGAGCAGAAGAGGUAGGGGUAAAAGACCUAAGAAUUUCAAGAUUUUCUACUGCCAUCUAAGCUACCCAGUGGUUGUGGGAGAUCUAAAAGGAAGUCGUUUUACCUCUCAAGUCUGUUGUAGGACUUGAUUUUGUGAAGCAAUGAAGUAUUGUGCUGUUGAAUGGAGACUGGACUUUGAAUCAGUAGCCACAACUCUGAGGCUGACUCUGGGUCCAACGGAGGGCAACCCUCUGUUCAUCACUUUAUCUCAAUGAGCAUCCACACCUGCAUCUAGAAAAUUAGGAAGCUGGACGAGAUAGUUUGCCAAUCUGCUCUAAAAACUGAUGUAAUUCCAGGGAAAAAAGGAAUCAAGAAAUGGAAAAGAGAAAGGAGAACACGGGAAGGUGUUAAGGACCAAAGAACUUUUCUGAGACGACCUUUCACCUUUCUGUUGCUGUUCGAUCUCUUCUAUAUUGUUCUUAGGUCCACAAGUGUGUUUCCUCCUCGUGUGGUGGUGGUAGUCCUCUACCUGCUCACUGCUCUGUUAGUUAGUGAUCUUUCUAGAACCCUUGGUUUCACUGCUGUCCUUCAUGUCCUUCUGUGACUGACAUUUAGCACAAUGAAUAUGAGACUGAAUUCAUUGCAAAGUAACAUUGGCAACCUUAACUUUGCUUAUCUACUUGUAUAGAAGAGUAAGUAUUGUUAGCCCAGCAGCUCACAUUUAAAAAAAAAGAAUUUCCUGUCCCAUUUGACUUAUAACAGGAUCCAGUUGUAUACCAAUCAUUGUGAAUUCAAAAGGAAAUAUAUGAUAAAAUAAAAACAGGCAUUUAGGAAGUUUCAAAUUCAAUUCAAAGUCAAUUCAAAUGCUUCUCUCUCCUGGCUUCUUUUCCCAUGUGUUAACUUCUCACAACAGUAGAGAAGGUGUGUAUGGGUUUACAAAUACCUUUGUUCUAAAUAUAUUGUUCUAACUAGUGGAACAUUUUUGAACUCUUAAAAAUCACAAGACCAAAUUAGUGACAUUUGCAGUGCCCUUUGCUUUCUUGUCUCUGCUCAGUGACCUAAGAACUAAAGUACAUGUUGUUUUCACUGUUGAAUUGGAUAUUUGUAUAUUUAGUAAGCUUUUCAUAUGUUAUUUAAUUCUGUAUUAUUUCUUAUAUUUGUAUUAAGAUACUGAAUGAUUAAAAGUGUCAAACCUAA